UACGCGCAGCCAGUCCAGGAAAUUUGUGGUUCUGAGCUCCACGGGAUCCUUCAUCCUGGGGGCAAAGCUCAAGGCUCAGAAGCUGCCGGGCCCCCCAAAAAGAAGAGGAAGAGAGCGCAGAAGAAACCCCGGGAGCAGGGGGAGAAGGCCGUGGAGUCCAAGGCCCAGGCCCUGGGGGAGAAGCCUCGGGCAGCUUUCCAGGCCAGGAAGCCCUUGGCAGCCAAGCAGGAGAGGGCCUCUGGCUCCUCCGGGGUCCCUGCAGAUGGCCCGGCCACGGAGCCUGACUCCCUCUUUGCCCUGGAUGUUCUGCGGCAGCGGCUGCACGAGAAGAUCCAGGAGGCCCGGGGCCAGGGCGGCACCAAGGAGCUGUCCCCCGCCGCUUUGGAGAAAAGACGGCGGCGGAAGCAGGAGCGGGACCGGAAGAAGAGGAAGCGGAGGGAGCUGAGGGCGAAGGAGAAGGCGGCAAAGGCCCCGGGGCCCGUGGAGGCUGCGGA